CGACAGCUGCAGAGACUGGUCCAGCUGUAGUUGUGCUCUUCACAUCCCUGCUCUGGAAGCCAUAGAGCACCCAGAAUAUUCAUAAACCCCCCACGAACGCCGCAGAGGUCCCUGGGCCCCCCCACAUCACCAGGGAAUGAUGGUCUCUGCCACUUGUAUCCUGCUGGCUGCUGUCUGCCUACAAGCUUCAGCAAUGCCAUUGUCCACUCAGCUAUCUGAGGAGGAAGAAAAGGUUACACAGUGUAUCAUGGAAGUAUUGGCAGAUUUUCUCUCCAAACCUGGUCCAGAACGGGUCAGCAGUAUCUGCCUUAGGAUCCUCAAGGAAGAUGAGAGAGUGAUUGCCAUGUUACGACACCAACACUUAAUGCGAGAGCUGGAACACUUGGCUCAUAAUGGAAAGAGCACAGAGGAGGGGGAAAGUACUGAGGAAGAGGAACUGAGGAAGAGGUCGAAGAAAACUUCCACAUCACCAACCAAGAGGGAAAUGGAAAAAAAAAGCGCAAUAGAAAGGGAAACUUCCAAAGAGCACCAAGAUACCAAGAUGUACGAGAAGGUGGAAAAGGUAGAAGUGAAGGAAAAAGACCACGAGAAGUCAGGAGAACAUAAAGGAUUGGAACAUGAGAAGGACCUUCUGGAGGAAGAAGAGGAUGAAGAUGAGAAGAAAAGAAGCGCACCAGCAAAGAGAGGAGAUACUCAGAAGAGGUCUGGGAAGGAGGCUCGGGAUAGUGGUACCACAAAAAGAAAAGACAAGAAAAGAUUUAGUUCAGAGGAGGAUAGCUCAGAAGAAGAUGAAGACAACCAAGAUUAUAAUGGAAACAACCAUGGGUGGUACCAUCAUGGAUGGGAGGAGAGGAAGAAGGCAGCAGAGAGACGGAUGGCUGAAGACCCCAGUGAAGAGGAAACAGCUCAGUUUGAGUCGGAAAACAACGGGAUGAAGUAUUACAAUUCAAAGACCCACAUGAAAGGUUUCCAUGAAGACAGAAAAAGACACCUCUACCAUCCAGAAGACAGUGAACGAGAGAGGGAAAGGCAUCAUCACAGUGAGCAUCCUGAAAGCUACGCACAGCAAGAGGAGGAGGAAGAGGAAGAGGAGAGAGAGAAGGAACUGGAAGAACUGGAAGAGAGAGGACAUCACAAGGCUGAGAUACAGGACCUUGAGAAGAUAGAGGAAGAACUGCUGAGGGCUGGUGAGAAGCUGCGUGAGCUUCACCGAGGCUAAGCCAAGGAAACGUAUACAAACUCUGCACAAAGAUAACCACAUACACCAAAGUGUAAAUGGACACAGACAUGCGCACACAUAUACUUAAAACAGUCUAUAAGCCUUUUCCUUUUUAUAUAUAUAUAUAUAUAUAUAUAUAUAUAUAUAUAUAUAUAUAUAUAUAUAUAUAUAUAUAUAUAUAUAUAUAUAUAUAUAAAAUUUGUUGGUCUUCUUCCAAACCUGGCUAUGUACUGUUACAACAAUACUGAAGACUUUGCUUUGUUAAUAAGGUUAUCAAAUAGCUCUGUACUAUUGAGAAAUACAUACAAGAAAUGGGUUGAUGGUUGUUUUGUAAUCCUCUAUAAAGAUUAACCCAAUUCUAAUUGUUACAUACAAUAUAAAUUGUAGAACAUUUUCUAUCAUUAUACAAAAGUUCAUUUUCCAAAGAUCUAAUAAGUUGGUACUUAGUUAACUGGUCCCUAUAACCAAGGUGACAUUUGAUAACCUGAUUAUUUAAUUGCUUCAUCCAUUCUCUCUAACUCAAUUCUUUAUUUAGGCUGUAUGUAAUUUCUAUAUUUGUUUAAAGAUGAAUAUUCCACUUCACAUGCACCAGGUGUGGGAAUGGUCAAUAUUUAUUUUGAGGAAACCCAAUCUGAUGGUUUUCUUCACAACACACAGCACAUUCUUGUUGAUUUGUUUUCUGCUUUGCUGUGUAAAUAAAAACCAAAUAUUACAAGGUGA